AUGGUCCUGCUCUCAACCGCCCGCAAGGCGUCCCUCCGCGCGCCCACCUUGGCGCGCUCGCUCGCGACCCCCUCGAGCGCCAACAUUGGACAGACCAAGGUCCAGAUGUCGGCGUUCGACAAGGGCCACAGCAUCAACUACCAGCGCAUCGAGGACAACCUCCAGGUCGUCCGCUCCCGCUUGAACCGCCCGCUCACCCUCUCGGAGAAGAUUGUCUACGGCCACCUCGACAACCCGCACGAGGCCGACAUCCGCCCGGGCGCGUCCUACCUCAAGCUCCGUCCCGACCGCGUCGCCUGCCAGGAUGCGACGGCGCAGAUGGCCCUCCUCCAAUUCAUGUCGGCCGGUCUCCCGACCGUCGCUGUCCCCACCACCGUCCACUGCGACCACCUGAUCGAGGCGCAGGUCGGCGGCGCAAAGGACUUGGCCCGCGCCAACGACAUCAACAAGGAGGUCUACGACUUCCUUGCGACCGCCACCGCCAAGUACGGCAUUGGCUUCUGGAAGCCUGGAUCCGGUAUCAUCCACCAGAUCAUCCUCGAGAACUACGCCUUCCCCGGUGGUCUCAUGAUCGGCACCGACUCGCACACCCCCAACGCCGGCGGUCUCGGCAUGGUCGCCGUCGGAGUCGGAGGCGCCGACGCCGUCGAUGUCAUGGCCGACAUCCCCUGGGAGCUCAAGUGCCCCAAGAGGAUCGGUGUUCACCUCACCGGCAAAAUCUCGGGAUGGACUACCCCCAAGGACGUCAUCCUCAAGGUCGCUGGCAUCCUCACCGUCAAGGGUGGCACGGGCGCCAUCAUCGAGUACUUUGGCGAGGGCGUCACGUCGCUCUCGUGCACGGGCAUGGCGACGAUCUGCAACAUGGGCGCCGAGAUUGGCGCGACGACCUCGGUCUUCCCGUACAACGAGCGCAUGGGCCAGUACCUCGACGCGACGAACCGCACGCCGAUCCGCCAGUACGCCGAGUCGUUCGCGCACAACUUGCGCCCGGACCAGAACGCCGAGUACGACCAGGUCAUCGAGAUCAACCUCUCGGAGCUCGAGCCGCACAUCAACGGUCCCUACACGCCCGACCUCGCGACCCCGCUCUCCAAGUUUGCCCAGGCCGUCAAGGACAACAACUGGCCGGAGAAGCUCUCGGUCGGCUUGAUCGGCUCGUGCACCAACUCGUCGUACGAGGACAUGUCGCGCGCGGCGUCGAUCGCCGACGAGGCUGCCUCGCACGGCCUCAAGGCCCAGUCGGGCUUCAUCGUCACGCCCGGCUCGGAGCAGAUCCGCGCGACGAUCGAGCGCGACGGACAGAUGCAGUCGCUCGAGAAGGCCGGCGGCGUCGUCCUCGCCAACGCGUGCGGCCCCUGCAUCGGACAGUGGGACCGCAAGGACGUCCCGAAGGGGACCAAGAACUCGAUCAUCACGAGUUACAACCGCAACUUCACCGGACGCAAUGACGCCAACCCGGCCACUCACGCCUUUGUCGCCUCGCCUGACCUCGUCACCGCCAUGGUCUUUGGCGGAUCGCUCACCUUCAACCCGAUGAAGGACUCGCUCAAGGGCGCAGACGGCCAAGAGUUCAAGUUCUCCGACCCGUCUGGCAAGGAGCUCCCGCCGCGCGGAUACGACCCGGGAGAGAACACGUACCAGGCCCCGCCGCAGGACCGCGCCGCCGUCAACGUCGCUGUUGACCCCAAGUCGGACCGCCUCCAGCUCCUCGAGCCGUUCAAGCCGUGGGACGGAAAGGACCCCCAGGGUUUGCCCGUCCUCAUCAAGGCCAAGGGCAAGUGCACCACCGACCACAUCUCGGCCGGCGGUCCCUGGCUCAAGUACCGUGGCCACCUCGAGAACAUCUCGAACAACUGCUUGAUCGGCGCCAUCAACGAGGCCAACGGCGAGGCCAACAAGGUCCAGAACGUCUUCACCGGCGAGUGGAACACGGUCCCUGAGACGGCGAAGGAGUACCGCGACAAGCACCACACGGGAUGGGUCGUCAUUGGUGACGAGAACUACGGAGAGGGCUCCUCGCGCGAGCACGCUGCUCUUGAGCCGAGGUUCCUUGGUGGCACGGCCGUCAUCACCCGCUCGUUCGCUCGUAUCCACGAGACCAACUUGAAGAAGCAGGGCAUGCUCCCCCUCACCUUCAAGGACGCCAAGGACUACGAGAAGGUCCGCCCCGACGACAAGGUUGACCUCAUCGGCGUCAAGGACUUGAAGGAGGGAUCGGAGGUUACCCUCCGUCUCCACCACAAGGACGGCAAGUCGGAGGACAUCCCUCUCCAGCAUACCUUUAAUGCCGGGCAGAUCACCUGGCACCGUGCCGGCUCUGCCCUCAACCACAUGGCCAAGAGCAAGAAGUAA